AUGAGCCUAGUGGUGAGGAAGUCCUCACCGGUGGUGGUCCGGCCAUCGCCGGAGACGGGGACGACGAGGGGCACCAUAAAACUCUCGUCUUUCGACAAGGGUCUGUACAAUAUGCCAUCCACAACGUUGCUCGUGUUCGAGCAUCCCCUCCACAACGCUGCCGAGACCAUACGGGGUGCACUUUCCCGAGCACUGGCCCACUACUACCCUAUUGCCAGUCGCAUCGUUGUUGCCGGAGGAGGCGGCGGCGGCAGUAGCGGCGGCGGCGAUGUCUACAUCGAGUGCAACGACGAGGGCGUGGCAUUCGUAGCUGCGCACACCGAUCACGCCCUGAAGGAAGUCAUCUGCUUCGACCGGUCGCCGGCCGCGAGGAAGCUGCUCGACCAGCUCGCCGUCUACUACCCAGGCAUGUCCUGUGGCCCCGGUGACCCUCUGCUGCUGAUGCAGGUGACCGAGUUCUCAUGCGGCGGCUUCGUCCUCGGGGUGACCUGGAACCACGGGGGCGCCGACGGCGCCGGGAUGGGCCAGUUCUUGCGGGCCGUCGGCGAGCUCUCCGGCGGGUCGCCGUCGCCGUCCGUCGCUCCGGUCAGCAGCUUCGGCCAGCGGUGCACCACGUUCGAGGCGGCCCUCGCCGUCCUGUGGCGGUGCCGGACGCGCGCGAUCAGGCCGGACCCGGAGGCCCCGACCCUGCUCGUGUUCCUCGCCGACAUGCGAAAGCACGCCGGCGCGAAGGAAGGCGGCGCGGUGGCGGCCGGGGACGUCAGGGACGCGGUCAUGGCGAUCAGGCGUGCCAAGGACCAGCUGCCGGACCGGCUGAAGGAGGACGAAGAAGGCGUGGUGGGCCGGCACGAGCUGCGCGAGAUUCGCGCGUACGAUACCUUGACCGUGACGUCGUGGCGGAACCUUGGCUUCGACCGCGUGGACUUCGGGAGCGGGAGGCCAGCGAGGGUGACGGCCUCCGGGAAGGAUCUGCCGCCGUCGCCAGGCGCGGUGGGAUUCCUGAGCGAUGGGAGGGGUGGUGGGGUCAGUGUGCUAUCUGAUUUGGUGAGGCAGGAGCACGCUGACGCGUUCCUGGCAGAAUUAGCCAAGUUUAUUUGA